AUGUAUAAUGAGGUUCAACAGAAAGUUUAUGAAGAAUUACAACAAGCACCCAAUAUCUGUUUAACAACAGAUAUUUGGACUUCUCAAGCUAAUCAAGCUUAUAUGACAAUUAUAGCACAUUUUAUUGAUUUGAAGAAUAAUAAAAUAAAAAAUGUUGUAUUAGUAAGAAGAGAACUUAUAGGAAAUCAUACAAUUGAAUUUAUUGUAGAACAAUUAGAAAAUACUCGUAGUACAGGGUCAAUCGGUGAGAAAAUCAUUUGUUUAGCAUUUGAUACUUAUCCUACUAUGAGAAAAGUACUAUUAUGUACAGUAUUAUAUCCACAUUGGAAAAGUUUUCAACGUUCAGCUUAUAAGAAUUAUGUUGAAAGAUUAUCAUUAUUAAAUAAAUUGCAGGCAUUUGAAGCAAAACCACUUGCAUAUUUAUAUUUACAAGAACAAUAUAAUAGUUUGCUUGAAAACAAUUUAGUUACUUCAUCGUUCAAUAUUCAACAACACGAAGAAAAAGAAAAAGAAUUUGAUUUAUUUGAUAUAAUGAUAACAAAUCGAAACAUUCCAUCAUCUAAUAAUCGAAAGUCUGAGUUGUUGAUGUAUGAGAAUGAACGAGAAAUAUAUCGAAAUGCAAAUCCUCUUGAAUGA